UCGACCGUAUCAUACUAUGUUCAUCGUACUGCUGCUGAGCAUUACAGCAACAAUGGCACUGAGACGCCAGGCAAUAGACAAUUUAGAAGUUCCGUCUUUUGCCGCUGGAAAACGUGUGGCUCAUGUUGAUUGUGACAACCUAACCGAUGCAUCUGGGCUAGCAGCCAGCCGAAUAUUCAAAGAUGUCCUAUACACCCACAACGAUGGAAAUGGGGCUCCUUAUAUAUACGCAAUAAACGCAACAUCCGGGGCUCUGAUCGCAGCAUUAGAAAUUGCUAAUGCCAGGAACCGUGAUUGGGAGGAUAUUGCUGUCGGUCCGUGUGGUAACUCUAGAUGUAUUUACAUUUCUGAUUCUGGCGCUACACAUCACAAAUCAUCGAACACAAUUUACAGGGUGAAGGAGCCAGACGAACUUAACGAAGAUCAAGUCUUACCUCUUGAUUCAACCGCCAGAUACACGUGGUCCCAAAAAGCAUCAGAGACGAUUAUGGUAGACCCUCGAGGGGAAGUGUACCUUGUCAGUGCCGUAUACAAAGGAAGUGGAAUGGUUUCCCAUCUUCCAAAUAACUCCUGGGGAAACCCUCUUCCGGUCAACAUUGAGUCUACUCAGUUUCUUCCAAUCCAUACCACCCACCACAACGAUCCAGCUUCAGGCGAUAUAUCCGUGGAUGGAAGCGAACUCCUCAUUAAUGCUAGAUACCAAAUGUUUCUCUGGGAGAUUGACGGUGGUGACAUCAUGACAUCACUGACAAAGCCACCUGUUCGAGUUCCAUACCAUAGGAUAGGAAAAAAUGAAGCCGUUUGUUGGAGUGCUGACGGUCAGAAUUACUACACACUGCCUGAAGGUCACAAACCGUCACUUUACAUUUAUACACGGAUUAAUACUGAGACCCCGGAUCUAAUUGGAAAUCUUAUAGGAAAGUGACAUUAAAUGUAUCAUGUCUUUCAUGUCUUUCUUUUAUUUUAACAAUGAUAAAUAAAAAUACUUCAUAAAAUGAACCAAUCCCAAA